AUGGAGUUUCUCGACCCUGAGACAAUGUCGAUCGACCGCUCCAAGGCGUUCGUUCGACAAGUUGCAGCGCGCUUCGAGGCCGCACUUGCAUCGUUCCCCGACUCGGUGGCUGACGGGUCACAAAGGUCGAAUUUUAUCGAUCAGCUUGCGAGGGAACUAAGUCGAACAUGGAACACAAUCAGCAUCCUUCUCUAUCGCCAUGAAACCCUCACGAUCCCCGCGAUACUGGCGAGCGGGUAUGAAGAGUAUAGCUCAGUUUAUCCUGAUCUACAGAAGUUUGACGCGAAGACUGUGUCGUCACGGGCUGAGCAGAGGACGUGGAAGCAGACAUUGUUUCCCGCCACCCAUGUCCAGCGUCUUCCGGUGGCACGACCGGCGGCAGAAGUUGAACUGGGAGAGAACCAGUGGUGGACACAACCCCACAGCAGCCAUUUUGGCACCGCCUCGAGGAAACCAGCGGUGCAUAUUGUGCAGCCCCUGGCAGGCACCUCUGGACGCAGCAAAGCAACUACGAGCCAAAAACGUAGGAGGGACGAGGAUACUGCACCGGGACGCCAGAACAUGCAAGCUCUCGCUGCCCUUACACCAUUGUCAGUGCACAAGAAGCCCCGACUGGAGGGCAAGGUCGGGAGCAUGCUGUCGGACGCCACCGAGAAAAACAUCGAGCUCGACGGACACACCCCGCCCCUCGCCUCAGGCAGUAUGGUGACUGCUGGGGGUACUGGUGUCCAGGGUUCUAUAAAGGGCAAGGCAAGAAUGCCAGAGUCACAGGCGCGAAGCGUCAUGGCAAGUAUCAUUUCGUGA